UAUUGCAUUAAUGGAUAUACCUGAUGAUAGACUAACAGUAUCUGAAUUGAUAGAGUUUCAUGAGUUAUUGAUCAAAGGACAACUGGAGGAGUCUCUACCACUGCUUGAUGCUGAUACUAUAAGAAAGAUUAGAAAUGCUGUUAAUGAUCAUGAAGGAAUGUCUCUUCUUAUAAGAGCAUUUGAAGAACAUCCAACACUGCUACAUGAAAUGAGAACCACUGGAAUAAUAAAAGGUUCAUUGCAUUUAAAAAGAAAAGUCAAAAUUCCUCCUCCAACAGCACCUAAACCACACCGACCAUCACUAACUACACAACCCUCACAAACAGAGUCUACUAGUACUCCAUCAACUGCACCAUUAGUAAUACAAGGAACACAGUCACCAGAAUUCAUUACAAUGAAAGAGAUAUUAGCUGAUCUUGUUGAUCUGGGGGCAGGAAAUGCUCCAGUUAUUUCUCAGUUAAACAAUCAUCUCUUUUCAUCUGAUCUCAUUCCUAAAGCAGUAUAUGUUACUGUUGGAGCCACUGGACUCAAUUCUUAUGAUAGAGCUAAUAAAAUAUUCUCUUCAGUACUAGCAACACUUGAGUGUCAUCCUAAUCCUAACAGUGUGUUCUCUACUCUCAUUACUUCACUACAGAAAGUAGGACUGAAUGACAUGGCAUCUAAACUAAUGGAAAAACUAAGAACUAAAGGAGGUAGCAUAAGCAUAAUAGGUGCUGAGGCUGUACACCAAUCACUAGUACAAGUCCAAUCACAGUUAAUGCAUGUUGAGCUCCACUCUAUAAAUAGUUCAACUGUAAUAGAACUCAGUUCAAAGGAUGAAGUUGUGUGCAAUAUUGAAUCACUAGAUGAUCAGUUUACUGGUCUUCUCACUAAAAUAAGGAGACGUUUUAUAGAGCUUGUUUCCAAUGGGAAAUUGGAAGCAGAUGAUAUAGCAUUUUAUGUUAAAAAAUGUUUGGGGAAGGAAUUAAUGUUAUCAGAAAUUAACAUUUGCACUAUAUUUAAUGCAAUUACAUCUAAUUGUAGUUUCUUUGAUUUUGGAGUACUCAAGCGUUUAGUGCACCAAUUCAUCCCCUCAUCAGAUGAUAUUCAUAAUGAACUAGCUAAAUACAUUGAUAGGGUUAAUAAAUUCUCAGAAUCAUCACAAUUGAAGCACAUACAAACAAUAAUCAAAGAGAAAUUGUCAUCAUUACCAGCAGCAGCCUCACCAACCACUAGCAAUCAAACAAAACCAGUCGUUAUUAAACUGAAUGACAGAUGGGAAGAAAUGACUAUAAAAAGUUUAAAAAUAGUACUUCAGUAUUACUUUGGACAUUUUUAUGACAAACUUGUUGGCUAUGCUUAUAAUGGUAAGGGAUCAUCAGUUGAGAAUGAAAUGUAUACAUAUGAAAUCAACGAUUUGCCUACUGAUGAGUAUAUAGUAUCAGGUAUUAUUUAUUAUAUUUGA